CACCACUUCGCGGCGGCGGCGGCGGAGAGCCAUGAGCUGUCUGGAUGUGAUGUACCAAGUCUACGGUCCUCCGCAGCCUUAUUUCGCAGCCGCCUACGCCCCCUACCACCAGAAACUAGCCUAUUACUCCAAAAUGCAGGAAGCCCAGGAUUGCAGCGCCAGCCCCAGCAGCAGUGGCAGCGGAAGCUCCUCAUUUUCCAGCCAAACGCCUGCCAGUAUAAAAGAGGAGGAAGGCAGCCCAGAGAAAGAGCGCCCACCAGAGGCAGAGUACAUCAACUCCCGCUGCGUUCUCUUCACCUAUUUCCAGGGGGACAUCAGCUCUGUAGUGGAUGAACAUUUCAGUAGGGCCCUAAGCCAGCCUAGUAGCUACUCUCCCAGUUGUACCAGCAGCAAAGCCCCACGGAGCUCUGGGCCCUGGCGAGACAGCACCUACCCGAUGAGCCAGCGCAGCUUCCCCGCCUCCUUCUGGAACAGCGCGUACCAGGCGCCGGUGCCCGCACCGCUGGGCAGCCCGCUGGCCGCCGCGCACUCCGAGCUGCCCUUCGCCGCCGCCGACCCCUACUCGCCCGCCGCGCUGCACAGCCACCUGCACCAGGGCGCCGCCGACGCCUGGCACCACGCGCACCCGCACCACGCGCACCCGCACCCGCACCCGCACCAUCCUUACACGCUGGGCGGCGCCCUGGGCGCCCAGGCCGCCGCUUACCCGCGACCCGCCGCCGUGCACGAAGUCUACGCGCCGCACUUCGACCCCCGCUACGGGCCGCUGCUGAUGCCCGCCGCCUCCGGGCGCCCGGCCCGCCUCGCACCCGCCGCGGCAACCGCCCCGGGCAGUCCACCCUGCGAGCUGCCCGCCAAGGGCGAGCCGGCCGGCGGCUCGUGGGCAACACCUGGGGGACCCUUCGUGAGCCCCACGGGGGACAUGGCCCAGGGGCUGGGCCUCAGCGUGGACUCAGCUCGACGCUACUCCCUCUGUGGUGCAACCCUUCUGAGCUGA